AGGUACAUAAUAAGAUGAAAGAGUUAUCAGCCGUUGCAAAGCACAACUAGUCAAUUACAAACAUUUUAAAUACUUUACUCUAUGAGAAUGACAUAACUAUGUUGAAAUUCAAAAUGUAUUAUAACAAACAUACAAAUCGAUUUCUUUCAAUAUAAAAGUUCAGCUACUAUAAAACGGCGCUCAAACGGAUCAGUUACAACAAUGUCUAUGGAAAUGGCCGAUGCUCCAAUAUUUGAUCCCAAAAAGGAGAUAGACGAUAGUUUACGCAUAUAUGCGUUCUGUAUGCGUAGAAUCGGCCUUUCUUCGGAUUCUUCAGGGACAGCGGUGUCAUACGUUCUUCAGCAGCUGAUGUUUGCGGCGUCUGUCUGCGGAAUUUGUUAUCACGUCUUCAGUGAAAUCGUCUUCAUCGGGCUCACUUUGGCCCAUUCACCAAAAGUCCAAGAUGUCGUUCCACUUUUCCACACUUUCGGAUACGGAGCAUUGAGCAUUGCCAAAGUAUUCGUGCUGUGGUAUAAGAAGGACGUGUUCAAGCAGCUUAUGAACGAACUGGCAACCAUUUGGCCAGCUCCACCUCUAGACGACGAACACCAAUUGAUCAAAGACAAAAGCCUUACCGCUUUAGGCAUUGCUCACCGAUGGUAUUUCUUCGUCAACUUGGCCGGUGUAUGGUUUUACAACAUCACCCCCAUCGGGAUCUACUUGCACCAGCUAUUUUUGGGGCAGAAUGCGGAGAUCGGAUUCGUCUGGGUCUCCUGGUACCCCUUCGAUAAACAUCAGCCUGUCGCUCACGUUUUUGUUUAUAUUUUUGAAAUUUUCGCAGGUCAAACCUGCGUCUGGAUAAUGGUAGGAACGGAUCUGUUGUUCUCCGGAAUGGCUAGCCACAUUGGUAUGCUGUUGAAGCUGUUGCAACGACGAUUGGAGACGGUAGCCAAGGUAGACAGAACUGACGAAGAGAACUACAAUGAAAUACUGGAAAACAUCAAGCUGCACCAAAGACUUAUAAGAUACUGCAAUGACCUGGAGGUUGCGUUUUCACUUUCGAACCUCGUGAAUAUUGUGCUGAGCUCAGUGAACAUCUGCUGUGUCGUAUUCGUCAUUGUAUUACUGGAACCGUUUGUGGCCGUUAGCAACAAGCUCUUUCUUGGAUCUGCUUUACUUCAAAUUGGAAUGAUAUGUUGGUACGCCGACAUAAUUUAUCACGCUAAUGCAGAUGUAGCUGUCGCCGCUUACAAUAGUGGUUGGUAUCGAACUAGUCCUCGUUGUCGCCGGGCCUUGCUGUUUCUGAUUAAAAGAUCACAAAAGCCGAUAGCCUUCACUGCGAUGGGUUUCACCGAUAUCAACCUUGUUACUUAUUCAUCGAUAUUGACCAGAUCAUACUCAUAUUUUGCACUAUUGUACACAAUGUACAGUGAGGAUUAAAAAUUGCUAUGCAUGCUGUUUUAGACUAUAAUAAAGUUUUGUCUUUA